AUGUCUGGGCAGCCCGGCCCGAGCGGGCAGGAUUCUGAGGGCUCCGGGCGGGCGACCCCCCUGGGCUGGGUGGCACAGCCGGGGGCCGGUCGGGGCCAGCUGCCGGCGAGCGCCCCGGUCAAUGCCCCGGUCCACGCCUCGCCGUACGACACGGAGGGUUUGCACGGCGCCAGGCCCGCGCGCGACAUGGACGGCCUCAAGGCCGCCAUUCACGUGGCGAGGGCGGGGAGGAUGGUGCCCGGGAGGGGGGUUACCGAAGCGAGGUUCGCCAUAGAGACAGCUUCAUUCCAGCUGCGGGAGGCGGCGUUCACGGCGCUGAUUAACCUGUGUGGCCGGCUGCGCGACGCGCCCAAGGCCUUCGAGGUGUUCGAGGCGAUGCGGGACUACGGCAGCGUGACGCCCAACACGUACACCUACUCGUCUCUGAUCUCGGCCUGCGUGAGUUCAGGCGACUGGGCGGCGGCCAUGGAUGUCUUCGCGGGGAUGAAGGAGGCAGCCGCGAGGGACGCUGGCUGCAGGCCCAACGAGGUGACCUACAGCGCGCUCAUCACGGCGUGCGAGCGGGAGGGCAAGUCGGAGAUCGCCAUGGGGCUGUACGACGAGAUGCUGGGGGCGGGCAUCCUGCCGGACAAGGUGACAUUCUGCUCCGCGCUGACGGCGUGCUUGAAGAGCAAUAUGUGGGAGCGGGCGGAGGAGAUCGUGGAGGACAUGCACGGCCGGGGGAUGUGCGCCACGUCCAACAUAUACCUGGAGCUGCUGCAGGGCUACGGGCGGCGCGCGGAGUGGAGCAAGGGGCUCGAUCUCUUCCUGACGAUGCAGAUGAUGGGGCGGGAUGUGGACAAGCACUGCUGCCGGGCGCUCAUGACCGCCUUCGAGGCGGGUGGCCGCCACCAAAUGGCGCUCCAGCUGCUGGAGGCCAUGGAGAAUAAAGUCGCCGCCGACCUGCCGACUUACACGUCCGCCCUCAGGACGAUGGCUGCGGCGGGUAGGUGGCGCGAGGCGUCCGGCGUAAUGAGCUUGAUCUUGGAAAGCGGGCUGCGUCCUGAUGAGGAGGCAGUGGGGGUGGCCGUGAGGGCGUGCGUGGAAGCUGGGCAGAAGGAAGAGGCCAGGAAAGUGGUGGCCGCCCUGGAAGCUGCGGGGGUGGUCGUCGGCGAUGACGUCAAGGCGUCCGCAGAAUGA